AUGCGCCCUCUCGUAUAUCUAUCUGGACUACUCCUGUCCUCCCUUGGCGGCCUUGCGCUCCAUGGUGGACCAGAUUGGCCAGCCCAACACUUUGAGACAGGGACAUGGUCCCCUCCUCACCUUAUGCUGGGCAAGACGGGGAAUUACAACCCGGACAGCAUCUUCAUCAAUGUCCGAACGAAUAUCGAGACCGACACAGGUCAAGCCCCGACUAUAUACGACAACGAUGGCGAGAUGAUAUGGCAAGGCGUGCGGAGGAAGACCAUGGAUUUCAAGAUGCAGAAGCUCUUCGGCGAGGACGUCAUUACGUACUGGGAUGGCGAGACCAACAUGCUAGGCUAUGGAUAUGGUCGCGUCCACAUCCUCGACAAUUCGUACAAGGAGAUCCAUGUCAUCACCCUCCCAGACCAAGGAUUCGUGACGAAAGAUGGGAAGAAGCGAGAGACCUAUGUCGACGUCCAUGAGCAUCUUAUUACACCCGAAGGCAAUAUGAUUAUCUCUGCUAUCAACCUCACGCAGGGCGACACUAGCAUGCGGCCAGAGGGCUACCCGGGAGCUUGGAUUAUCGACUGUCUAUUCUAUGAGAUCGAUAUCAAAACCAAUGAGAUCCUGUUCAGCUGGAGCGCAUAUGACCACCGGGAUUUCCUGCCCCUAGGAAAAUCUAAAUUAGACAUGGGGCCAAAUGGUGAACAUGGUAGGUCGCAGAUGAGGCCAUGGGACGCCUACCACAUCAACUCCAUUCAGUACACCAACCACGGCUACCUGGUCUCCGUUCGCUACUUCUUCUCCGCGCUGUACCUAAACCGCGACGGAACUAAGCGCUGGAUGCUUUCGGGUGCCGAUGGCAAUGAAGGUGAUAUCCCCAACGACGCCCACUUCGCCUGGCAGCACGACAUGCGCGUGUAUAAUGAGACCGAUGACAGCAUGGUGAUUACGGUAUUCGACAACGACGUUCCCGUUCGAGACUUGACCGCCACGCACGAAUCAACCGGCGUCGCCAUCCACGUCGACCUAAAAAAGAUGACGGGGAGUAUAUUCCGCCACGUCAAUUCGCACGACCAUGAUCCUGCUGAAGCUAAGACUCAAGGCAGUCUCCAGCUGCUAGACUACAACAACACAGCCCACAUGCUUGCAAGUUAUGGCUCUUUCCCUAAAUUUAGGGAAUUUGACGGUGAUGGGAACAUCGUGAUGACCGGCCAGUUUGGCUACUCCGGCCAUGCGCAGGCGUACCGUACAUUCAAGUACCCCUGGCAUGCAAUUCCGCACUACCCGCCCGUCGCCGUGGCCAAAUAUCUUUCCGAAUACACGAGCGAUAUAUACGUGUACAUGAGCUGGAAUGGUUGCACCGAGUACGACAACUGGAACGUCUACUCCGUGCCCGAUUUCGCGUCUACUAUCGAGCAGGGGACUCUGCUGGAUAACCACCGCCGGACCGGCUUUGAAACGAGUGCCGAUCUACGUGAUCCGAAUGCUAAAUUCCUGAUUGUUGAGGCUUUGCAGGGCGACAAGUCCCUCGGUGUCUCGGAAGUCAUCGUGGUCCCUGGGGGAUUUGAGGGCAAAAAUGGCCAGUCAUCGAGGUCUCUACGGCAUUCAUUGAGGAGGAUGAACUAA